AUGUCUGGAAACAAGGCCGCGCUGAAGGCCGCCAAAGUCGCCUUGGAUGCUGAGAACUACGAUGAUGCUGUCACUCAAUGUCAAAUCGUCCUCGCAUCAGACUCUCAAAACUACUUCGCCAAGCUUUUCCUGGGUCGCGCAUUCCAAAAACAGAACAAAUUAGAUGAUGCGGCAAAGACAUACAAUUCGGCCGUAGAAAUCAAGCCUGAUGAUGCACAAGCAUGGCUUGGUCUUUGCAAUCUAUAUGAGAGCCAGGGCGGUGUCAAACUGGAUCAAUACCGCGAGGCUGCUCUCAAGGUUGCCGAAAUUCAAGCUGCGGCUGAGGAUGCUCACAAAUGUCAAACCACCAUCAACAAGCUGGUUGAAUUUACAAAGGAGAACGGGACCACUGCUCAAUACAAACGCGCUCUGGAGGCUCAAUUACCAGGAAGUCCGAUCUACGAGUUUCUGGAGGGCCGCCUGCCGAGCCCUUCGCAUACGUACACUCGUCUAAUUGAAAUCACCGAAGAAGAAGAGAAGCAACGCAUCAACAAGGAAAUCGGCGAGCGAAGAACCAGAUUAGGAGCUCGUAUCAACCAGGUCACUACUGAUGUCCGUCGAGAAGUCUUCACAAAAAGCAACCUUGAGGAGCUGUACCAAAAGUUGGUUGACUGGACCAACGAUGAUGAAGUCCGCCGCGAGUAUGAGCAGAAGCUUCUGCAGAGAGCUUACGAUACAUUAAUCGUCUUGACUGGUGACGCAAAGGCUGCAAAGCGCGAGCAGGUCAUGGGCAUCGUACACGGCAUGGUUAUCAUCAAGCACCCUUUCCUUCUAGCCUGGACUGUCGAACUGGACUGGAAGGAUGUCGCGAAUGUCUCAGAUCUGGAUGUCGGUGUUCUGCGAGAGUACCUCGAGUUCUUCCCCGAAACCAGUUUAGGCAAAGUGCUCAAGGCCUACCUCGACUGCGAAAUAUCACCAUUCCCCGCGCCACCAAAGGACCCGGAACAGAAGGACGAGGAUGUAGAGGCACCACUCAAUCAGGAGGAUAGAAUCCUCCUGAUGAGCGAAGGCCUUGAAGAUGGUAGUAAGUCGGUUCUGGCACAUCGUCUCGUUGCAGAGUACUAUCUCCACCUCGAAGAAUAUGAGAGCGCAGUCGAAGUCGCCAGAAAUGGUCUCAAAAUGCUCGAGUCAGAGGUUAGGAAGUCUGGUCUCGUGUUGCAGGAUAACAAGGAUGCCUUCAACAGCACGCUCGCCACCGCAUUGGUAUACCACCAGUCACCAAAGAACCACCCAGAAGCCAGAGAACUCUUCAACGACAUACUCGCCAGAAAGCCUAAACAUACUGCAACACUCAUCGGAUUAGGUUUGAUCCUGGAAGAACAAGAAGAGUUUGACGAGGCAAUCGAGUCAGCAUGGUGUGAUGCUCUGCGCGGAAACUACGGUCCUGCUUUCGAGACCAUGGAGAAGUGUUUGCCUGACUUGAAACUGGACGACCCCAAAGCACGAGAGCUCAGAGCACAGACUUUGUACCGUACUGGUAUCUGCAUAUGGAACCUCGACACAUCCAAGGCUGCCAGAAGAGAUCGCAACGGGGCUUACGCCAGAUUUCUGUCUGCAAUCAAGACUAACGUCAACCUUGCACCUGCGUACACUUCUCUUGGUUACUACUACGCCGAUUAUGCCAAGGAUAAGAAGAGAGCACGUCAAUGUUUCCAAAAAGCUUUCGAGUUGUCAGGAUCCGAGGUCGAGGCUGCCGAGAGACUGGCAAGAUCUUUCGCUGACCAAGGCGAAUGGGAUAUUGUCGAGAUUGUUGCACAAAGAGUUGUUGACUCAGGCAAGGUCAGACCUCCACCUGGUUCGAAGAAGAAGGGUAUCAGUUGGCCAUUCUCAGCUUUGGGUGUUGUGCAGAUGACAAAGCAGGAGUACUCCAAGGCGAUAGUUUCAUUCUUGUCAGCACUCAGGAUCAGUCCUAAUGACUACCAUUCCUAUGUCGGCCUAGGAGAAAGUUACCACAACUCUGGUCGUUACAACUCUGCAAGCCGAACCUUCAUCUACGCUGAAGAGCCACACGAUGGUAUUUCUAUGAACGUCACCGGUCAGAACUGGUUCACGCGAUACAUGCUUGCCAAUGUCAACAGAGAGCUUGGCGAACAUGAUGAGGCUAUUGCUGAGUUUGGUGUUCUCAUUGCGCUCUUGCAGACAUACAACGAGAAAGCCUGGAGAUGUGUAGAGACUGGCUUCUAUGGCCAAGCUGCUCACAGUGCAGUCCAAGCAAUCGAGCUUGCUCAAAAGAUUGCUGAGCUAAGACCUCAGGCUUUCAACCUGUGGAAGGCUGUCGGUGAUGCUUGUUCAAUCUUCUACUGGAUACAAGAUAGACUCGACAUAUUCCCUAGCGACUUGACCAAGCAAAUGCUAACGAAGGAUUUCGACGUCAAAGAACUCGGUAUCCUGUCGGAAAUUGAUGGAGUCGACGCAAAAACUCUCGAAAGCUCUACAGAAGGCGAAGCUAUUACCUGUCCAGAGUACUUGGCCCUAUCUCUGCUUGCCUACAAGCGUGCUAUCUUCAGCUGUGCAAAUGAUGUACACGCUCAAGCUGUAGCUUGGUACAACCUUGGUUGGGCGGAGCACAAGGCAUUCAGCUGCAGUGAUGCGAAGGCUGGCAAGAAGUUCCUCCGUGCAGCUGUUAGAUGCUUCAAGCGUGCCAUCGAGUUGGAAGCCGGCAACUCAGAUUUCUGGAAUUCACUUGGUGUUAUUACCACCAGACUGAACCCUAAGGUGUCACAGCACUCGUUCGUCAGAUCAUUGCAUCUGAACGAGCGCAGUGCGAAGACGUGGUGCAACCUCGGAGUUCUAUACCUCAUCAAUAACGACUAUGAGCUUGCCCACCAAGCCUUUGGCCGUGCUCAAUCCACAGAUCCUGACUACGCACAUGCAUGGCUCGGUGAAGGCUUGAUUGCGCUGAUGAUGGGCGACAAGAAGGAAGCUUUGUCACAUUUCACUCAUGCAUUCGAGAUCUCAGAUUCUGCUUCUUUGAUCUCAAAGCGUCAAUAUGCCGUGUCGGUUUUCGAUAACCUACUCACAACUCCAUCAGCUUCAAACGAGAUCACUGCAUUGAUCCAACCAUUGUUUGCUCUGGAGCAACUGCACAGACAAGUACCUUCGGACCAGGCCUUUAACCACCUUGCUUCCUUGUUCUCAGAACGUGUGGGUGACCAUACCUCUGCUAUUGGGAUGCUUGAGAGUCUUUGCACAUCAGCCGAGUCUGACUAUGAAGCCACUGAGUCGCUAACCUCUCUCGGACGAUUUGCUCUGGCAAAGGCAGAUCUCGCUAGAAACCAGCUUGCUUCGAAGGACUUUGAGUCAGCUGCAGAGAACGCAGGUACUGCACUUGAUCUGUCAGCCGAAGCUGAUGCGUGUGGCCUGGAGCCGGAUAGUAGACGCAAGGUCCGCCUGUCGGCUCAUCUGACUGCAGGUCUUGCCGCCUUCUAUCUUCAGAACAUGGACGAUGCCAUCGCGGCAUUCAGAUCGGCACUUGAGGAGAGCAAUUCUGAUCCCGACGUUGUGUGUCUACUUGUCCAAGUCCUGUGGGCCAAGGGUGGUGACGAAGAAAAGUCGGUCGCUCGUGACCAGUUGUUUGACUGUAUCGAGAAGCACGACUCUCAUGUUCCAUCGAUUGUACUUCUUGGUGCAAUCGCAGCACUCGACAACGACACAGAUGCCCUGGAUGCUGUGCGCGAUGACCUUGCAUCACUGCGCACCAACGACAGCAUCUCCAUCUACGACCGCGAGCACGUCGAACAAGUCCUUGGUGCCAUUGCAGGACUUUCCUCCGAUGCAUCAGAGAUGGAUGCGCUGGUCGAGACGCAGCGCGCCAUCAUGCUUGCACCGCACCAAAGUCAUGGAUGGACGCAGUUGACCGACUUGACUGAGGAGGCAUACCCUGCUCAGAUGGCUCUGCUCACAUCGCAGAGAGCCGUGCCACCAUACGGAGAUCUUGGAGCACAGGAAUUGGCAAAGGCGUUCGCAGGUACAGGAGUGGUUCGGGAUGCACAGCGAGCAAUCGUUCUAGCACCCUGGGAGAGAAGUGGCUGGGAGACGUUUGCAGAUGCAGUAUCGUCUGCUUGA